AUGGUAAGUUUGGAAAGAAUAAAAUUUAGAUUAAAAGAAUCUUUAGAAAAACAUAGAAUUAGGUUAUUAAAAACAAGAAGUGGAAAUGUAAAAAAAUGGAAUGAAAUAAAAAAUGGAAAUAAUAAUAAAAAUAUAAAUAUUAAUAAAAGUAUAAAUAUUAAUGAUGAUACAAACUUAAAUAGAAAGAAAAGUAUUUCUGAAAAUAAAUUAAUUGAUAAUUUAAAAAAUCGUAAAAUGAUUAUAUUAAAAAAUAGAAAAGAAAAGCAAUUACAUAAUGAAAUAAUAUAUAACGAAAUAAAACAAAAAAAAAAAUUAAUUGAAAAUAUCAAUCCUUUGAAAGGGAAAGAUACAAUAAACAAAUUAAAAAAUGUGAAAGAAUAUCAAAAUAAAACAAUUUCAAAACUUGGUAAUUGUAAUAUAAAGGAAAAAAGAUAUACAUUCGAUUCUAAAAGCGACGAAAUAAAAAAUGAAGUAAUUAUAAAUAAAAAUAAUGAUGAUAUAUUUAACGGUUAUGCAUUAAAAGAAAAGAAUAAGAUUAAUUUGUAUGGAUGUGGGGAUGGGGAAAACUUUCGAUAUAUAUCAAAAGAAACUCAAGAUAAUUUAAGUGAUUUAUUUCGAAACUUUGUUAAUUGUAAAAUUAAUAAUUUAUAUGUGAUAAAUGGUGAAAAAAAUAAACCCCAUAAAGAAGAACCCGAUAAUGGUGAUUUCCAAAAUGAUCCACAAAAUGAAUGGUAUGGAAAUUGUAGUUUUGUAGAAUCCAUAGACAAACAUCAAGAUUCGGAAAAGUGUAAUAUUUCAAUGGUUAAUUUAUAUGGAACGUGUCAAUAUAAUAUCAGUGAAAUGAAUACAGUAAAUCAUAAUGCAGAAUUUGAAAAAAGUGAUAAGUUUGAAAAAGGUGAUAAAUUUGAAAAAGGUGAAAAGUUUGAAAAAAAUGAUAAAUUUGAAAAACUUAAAAAUAUGAAUAGAUACAUGAUUAAUAAAAGAACAUAUGGAAGUGAUUUUAUAAAAUUAAUGGAAAUUGAAAAAAAAAUGAAAAAAAAAAUAAAAAGUUUUGAAAAAAAAAGAAAAGAAUUUAGAAGAAUGUCAAAUGAAAAAUGUUCUUCGAUUUUUUCAAAUUGCACAUCUAUAAAAAGUAUGUCUGUAAAUUCUGAAAAAUCGAUUUCACAUAAUAAAGAAUUAUUAAAAAGAGUGUCUAUACAAACUGUUUUUUCAACAAAUACAUCUAAUUUUACUGAAUCUUUAUGUUGCUCUGGUUGCAAUCCUGACUACAUUUCAGAAUAUGAAUAUUCAAACAAAGAAAGUUUUUUAGAUUAUGAAAAAUCCUUGGGAUCAAGAAGUAUAGAAUUAUUUACUACACAAAAAAAUGUUUAUAUUUAUAAUAAUUCCCAAAAAAAUAAUUUUAUAGAUAAAAGAAAAAAACAAACGAUAAAAAUGAACAAAAUAAAUGAUGAAAUAUAUGGACAAGAUGAAAACAUAUUAUCAAACAAAUUAAGAACUUUACAAACUGAAACUAAAUUAAGAUUGCGAAGUGUAAGGACUGAUCGAACCGCUAACAGUAGCAAUAGUAGCAGUGGAAUGCUUCAAAAAUUGAAUAAAAUAAAUUUUUAUGAACAUAACAGAUCCAAUGAAUAUAAUAAUGUGAUAUAUCCUUGUGAAAUAUGUAAUAACUGUUUUAGUCAGAAAAAAAAUAAGAGAUAUAUUUCCAAUGAUAGUGUUCAUAAAGAUGUAGAAUAUGAAUGCAUUAAUAAAUAUGAUUGUUUAUAUUGCAAUAAAAAUAAAGUAAGGCAUGAUGUAACUCAUAAAAAAAAUCCCAAAGAUGAAAAUAAUAAAGGAUCAGAAUUCAAUAUUCAUAAAGAUUAUGAUAAAAUAAAUAAUAAUUUAUUAUUUAUAUCAAAAAAAAAUGAACUUGAAUCCUCUAAUUUAACCUCUUCUGAAUAUAUAUGCCCCCAAAAUUAUAACAAAAACUUUAAAUUGUUAACUAGUUAUCCACAUAAAACAUUUGAUAAAAUAAAAAAAUACUAUUAUAUUGCAGAAAAUGAAAAUAGAAGUACCUUUGAAAAUAAUCACGAUAAAUAUAAUAUGAACAAAGAAAUGCAUGGAAUGAUAGAAUCUGUGAAUCAAAAUAAAUGGAAAAAGAUGUCUGCAGAAAAUAUAUUGGGCAAUAAUAUAAAAAAUCUAAAUGAUAAAAAUGAUACACAAAACAUUUCUAAUGCCCAUUUUAGUGACGAAAAAGAAAAUGAGGAAAAAAAUGAAGAAAAAAAUGAGGAAUAUAUGCCUCCGAUUAAUAUUCAUAGAAAGAAAGAAGAAAGUUUAUUCAAAAAUUGUAAUAUGAAUAUUUAUAAUUCUGAGAUAUUUUCAGAUAAAAAAAAUAUAUGCAUGAACGAACAGUAUUCACGCUCUUACCCAGACUAUAAAAAAAUGGAAUAUCCAUUAAAUUAUCACAAAAUAAUUGAUAUAAAAAAUGAAAAAAAAGAAAACGAAUUGAAUAAUAUAAGUGGGAAUGAAUAUGUACAAGAUGAACCUUGUGUGUUCAAAAUAAAAAAUGAAGACAAUAGAUGUUUUAGUAAAGAUAUAUGUAUACUUGAUGUUAUAGAUAAAGGAAAUGAUAGUGUGAAUGUAUGUUCAUAUAAAUAUCCAAACAAAGAAAAUAUAAGUCCCUGGUUUUAUAAUGAUAAAAAUAAACUAACUCCGAGAAAAAUGCUAAAAGAAUUAUCAAAUAAAAGAAAAGAAUUUAAACAAGCUACUAGUAUAGUUAGUGAUAAAUUAAAAGAUAUAAAAAUUUUAUCUCGGCAUAUUAAUGAAUGUAAAGAUGUUUUAAAACAAGAAAAUAAUUAUUUUGAUAAAAAAAAUCAUAAAAAUUAUAAUAGUUCAUAUUAUAAUGAAAGUAAUAGAAAUGAAGAAUUUUGGGGGGUAUUAGAAAAAAAUGAAAAGGAACCAAAUUUAGGAAAUAAAAAAAAUUCGAAUUUGUUUGAUUUAGAUAAAGAUAACAUUUUUCCAGAAGAAAAAGUAGAACAAUCAUUUAAAAUGAAAAAUUUAGGCAUAAAUAAUAAUAUACUGGUUGAUAAAAAAACAAAAAAUAAUAAUUCUAGCAUAAAAAGUGCUGUUUUGAAAAAAAUUUUAAAAAUGAAAAUCGAAGCUAUGAAAAAGGAUUUUAUAAAAAAAGAACCAACACUAUUAAAUAGUGUAGAAGAAAAAGUUGAUGAUGGACAGGCUUGUUCAAUUAAAUCGAGAAAUGUUUCCUUUAGUGCACAUUUAAGUGAUGAUAAUAAACAAAGUUUAGAAAGUCGAAUAAUAAAUGAAAAGGGAAAAGAUGGAAAUAAUGACAGGAAAGAAUUUCCAAAUUCAAACAACUGUGAUAUAUACUGUAAACAAAAUCUAGAUAAUUGUUGUAAUGAAAAAAAAAGUAGUAAUAUAUAUGCCGAAAAUGUUCCUAUUAAAUGGAUAAAUAAUUAUAAAAAGAAUAAUAUUAGUAUGUGUAGAAAUAAUAGUGAAGAAAAAAUAAUUUCUAGUGAUAAUUUAGGUAGCGAAAUAAAUAGUAAUAAAAUUGGUGUAGUAUAUUUUAACGAAUCUUUUUAUUGUCAUUUAAAAAAUGUUAAUAACAAUGAUGUAUAUCCAAAUUCUGAGGAGCCAAUAAGUAAAGAAGAUAAAAGUUUACUUAUGAAAGCAUACUUAAAGGAUAAAAAAAAAAAAGACAAAGAAAACCAAACAAAUGAAAAAUGUAAAAAAUAUUUCUUAAAAUAUAACAUUGAAUAUUUUAAACUAGCUAAAUUAUUUUGUGAAGAUAAUAAUUUAUUUAAAAAUUAUGUACAAAAUAUGAGUGCUAAUAUAAGGGGAAAUGACAGCAAUAUGGAUCAAACUGUUUUAUCUAUUGUAAAAAAAUUCGAAUACAAGAAAUCCCCAAUUAAUGCACACAUUGAACAUGAUGUAAAUGUAAAGGAAAUUACGAAAGGGAAUGGUACCAAAUAUUUUUGCACACAAGAAAAAAGAGAAAAUAAUUUAACAAAUUGUAUAAAAAAAAAACAUUUAAAGGAUAGCUAUAAAAUUGAUGGUGACUACACCAAUGGUUAUAUAAACGAUAAAAAAAAUAUUAACAAUUAUGAUUUGAAUAUGGGAGAAACAGUGCCGAAAGGUAGUAACGCACAACCUUAUUUUAGUGUUGAUAAUGAACAUAUAAAUAAUAAUCGAACAAAUGUCAAAAUUCUAAACAAUACUAUUAAUAACAAUAUAAUAAAAAGAGAAAAUGAAAUUUAUAAAUUUUCAUCACCUGAAAUAAUUUGUGAAGGGAAAAAUUUGAAUAAACCUUCUAAAGUUUAUUUAACAAAAAAAUCAGGGAUUUCCUUAAAAAAAACUACACUUUUAAGAACGUCUGCGCUUGUAAAUAAGUAUGAAAAAUUGCGAUGCAAAUGA